CUCCAACGUUUCACUGAGCGAGUUUUUCAAAUCAAACUGAGAAGCGCCGCUUUUGAGACGCGAGUAACAGAAACACGUUGAAACAGCAUCACCAUGCAGAGACCGGGCAAAGGGAAGGCUCCCCGACGGCCCGCCCCAAAGAGGAGUCCAAAUGUGGAGAAGGAUCCUGUGGGAGUAUACUGCCGAAUCCGUCCUCUGGGAAUGGAUGAUCAGGAAUGCUGUGUUGAAAUGAUCAGUAACACCACCAUUCAGCUGCAUGCUCCGGAUGGACUAAAGGCCAACCGUAAUGGAGAAUACAAAGAGAUGCAGUACUCCUUCAAAAAAGUAUUUGGUGUUAAUACCAGUCAAGUGGAAUUGUUUGAGGAUGUAGCCAAGCCUCUGGUUGAGGACCUUAUCCACAGCAAAAAUGGUCUGCUGUUCACAUACGGUGUGACUGGAAGUGGAAAAACCUUCACCAUGACUGGUUCACCUGGAGAAGGAGGACUCCUCCCUCGGUCCUUGGACAUGCUUUUUAACAGCAUCGGCCCCUUUCAGGCCAAAAGAUUUGUUUUCAAGCCAGAUGAUAAAAAUGGGAUGGACAUCCAGGACACUGUGGAUGCUCUCUUGGAAAGGCAAAAGCGAGAUAGCCAACAGCCAGCUGUGCCCAAGACUCCUUCGAGGCAGAAGGCAGACCCUGAGUUUGCGGACAUGAUCAGUGCAGAGGAGGCCUGUAAAUCAGACAGUGUAGAUGAAGACUGCUGUUACAGUGUCUUUGUGUCAUACAUCGAAAUCUAUAACAACUACAUCUAUGACCUUCUCGAGGAGGCUCCGUUUGACCCAAUCAAACCAAAGUGGCUUGAUGGUGGCACUCCUGUGCGAAACAAAGAGUUCAUACCUCCACAGUCAAAGCUCCUGCGUGAGGACCAGAACCAUAACAUGUACGUGGCUGGGUGCACUGAGGUGGAAGUAAAGUCCACUGAAGAGGCUUUCGAAGUCUUUUGGAAAGGUCAGAAAAAAAGGAGAAUCGCCAACACUCAGCUGAACCGUGAGUCGAGUCGCUCCCACAGCGUGUUCACACUGAAGCUGGCUCAGGCGCCUCUGGACGCAGACGGAGACCACAUCCUGCAGGACAGAAACCAAGUGAGCGUGAGUCAGCUGUGUCUGGUGGACCUGGCAGGCAGUGAACGCACCAACAGGACCAGAGCUGAGGGCAGCCGCCUCAGGGAAGCUGGUAACAUUAACCAGACUCUGAUGACACUCCGAACGUGUAUGGAGGUGCUGAGGGAAAACCAGCUGUGUGGGACUAAUAAGAUGGUACCUUAUAGAGAUGCCAAAAUAACCCAUAUCUUUAAAAACUACUUCGACGGUGAGGGCAAAGUCAGAAUGGUUGUAUGCGUCAACCCAAAAGCAGAUGACUAUGAGGAGACCAUGUUGGUGAUGCGCUUUGCUGAGAUGACCCAGGAGGUGGAGGUGGCACGGCCCGUCGACCGGCCCAUCUGUGUUCUGGCCGCUGGGCGCCGACACAGAAACCAGGCCUACAAAGAGGAGCUGAGCAGGAGGCUGGAGGAGAGAGCAGCGGCCACUGCUGUGGACGACCCACUCCUGCUCACUCAGCUGAUUGAGAGCCUGCCCCCACUGCCCCCCUGCACGCUAGUCGACCCUGCUGAUGAUCAGCUGCUGCCUAACCUCAUCCAGGUCCUCGAGAAGAGGCUCCACAUCCGCCAGAUGCUGACUGAGCAGUUCAACAAGACCGCUAAUAUCAUUCGAUCCACGCUGGACCAGUUUGGCUCACAGGUCAAUGUCAAAGAAGCCCUGAUCCACAGCCAGCAGAGUAGACUGGGUGAAAAGGAGAAACUAAUCCUCAACCAGAAGACUGAAAUUGAGCGCUUAGAAAAGAAGUCAAAGACCCUUGAGUAUAAGAUUGACAUCCUGCAGAAGACCACAGACAUGUACGAGCAGGACAAGCGCUCCCUGGAGCAGGAGCUGGAGACCCGGGAGCAGUGCCUGCAGAGGGAGCUGACAGAGCGCAAGCGCAUGCAGGGCAUGGUGGCCGACACCAAGCUCAAGUGGGAGAAGGAGUGUGUGAGGAGGGUGAACGCUAAGCAGCUGGAGAUGCAGAACAAGCUGUGGGUGAAGGAUGAGAAGCUAAAGCAGCUCAAAGCCAUCGUGACCGAGAGCAACAGCAGUGGAGGAGUGCAAGAGCGCCCCCAGAGGCCAUCCAGAGAAAAGGACCGCACUGCCGGACAGAAGAGGUCUGCCUCCCCCUCGCCAAUGCCUCCGAUCCCCGUGCACCCCACACACCGGCGCUCUCACUCGUGCGGGGCCGAGAAGUGGGUGGAUCACAAGCCCAGCACAAACCUGGAGCUCGACACUGUCAUGCAGCCCAUCGUCCACAACGCCAUCACAGUGUCCAGCCCCAACGAGAAGGCUCUGGCCAAGUGCCGCAAGUACAUGCUCAGGCACCAAGAGCUGGCCUCGGACGGGGAGAUCGAGACCAAACUCAUCAAGGGUGACGUGUUCAAAACCAGAGGAGGAGGACAGGCUGUGCAGUUCACAGACAUUGAGACUCUCACACAGGAGGACCCCGCGGGCCCCAGCCGAAAGAGGCGAUCGGGGUCAGCAGAGUCCCUUCAGAUGGAUGACAGAGAAAACAGACCCCCUGGGACGAGUUCAUUCCCUGUGCAUCAGAAGCGGAGGAAGCAGUGAGCUGCUGCUUGACCACACAGAUGGAUCUUCUGGGCCUCUUCCUGCUGCAGUCCACAGGAGACGCUCCAGAGCAGAUGUGUGGUGUGAACUAUGCAUUACCCUGAAGGCAUUACAGUGCAAUUUUAACUUAUUGAUUUCUAAGAUUUUGGCCAAGUAGCCCUGAAUCCUUUUAGUGUAUUCUGUUCAAUCCUGUUUUCUUUUUGUGUUCCUAAUCUUUAGUGGUGGCUCUAUUUUACUGUAGCUUUUAAAUCCAUUCUGCAUCCACCCAAAGAGUGCACCUCUUGCCUCAUGUCAAGAGAUGCUUUUUGUGAAAAUGGCUUUUGUGUUGGCUUAAUGGACUCUUUGAAUGAGGAAAAAAAGAAUGGCUUCAUGCUGGAUGUACUUUUUACAUGUGUAUAUAUUCAACAUCUGUGUAGAUGUAGCACCUGCUCUUUUUGAUUUAGACAUUUGUUUGGAUUUAAUCUUUUCAUGUUUGUGUGAAUACAUUUAAUCUUUUCAUGUUU